CUCACCUGUGAGCCACAGCCGGCCCCUCCAGGGGGAGCCCCGUACGACGCCCUUCCGGAUUGGACGCGCUCGAAAUCCCGGGGCGGGCAUUAAGGCCUAGCGCUCUAGGGGACUGGCCACCCUGGCGGACCGACGUGCGGCCGACGGAGCUGGUUCGCCCGCGGCCCCAGCUGGGCGGAAGGCGGGCCCCUCUCCGCGGGUCCCCUGUCAGUUAUUGGCUCCCUGCGGUUUCCUUGGGGACGUGGCGCCGCCGGCGGCCCAGGCCUCCUUCCGGCUCGGUUAGAGGCCGCGGGGAGCACCUCCGGACCUAGCAGAGCGGAGCUGAGGGAGCCGGCGGGCCGCUCGACCCGCUGCAGACUUCGGAGAUGACUGGGACGAGGAGACCACCUUCUCAAGGCAAAAGGAAAAGGAGGUGACAGGCCUUGAGACCACUGAAGGGAACCCAUGGCUAGGAUCAGUUUUUCUUACCUCUGCCCAGCUUCCUGGUACUUCACUGUGCCCACAGUGAGCCCAUUUCCCCGGCAGCGGGUGGCAUUCCUAGGACUCUUCUUCAUAUCCUGUCUCCUUUUGCUUAUGUUAAUCAUGGACUUUAGACAUUGGGGUGCUUCAUUACCACGAGACAGGCAAUACGAAAGGUAUUUGGCUCGAGUAGGAGAUCUUGAAGCUACUGACACUGAAGACCCAAAUCUAAAUUAUGGACUUGUUGUGGACUGUGGCAGCAGUGGCUCUCGGAUUUUUGUUUAUUUCUGGCCAAGACAUAAUGGGAAUCCUCAUGACUUGUUGGACAUCAAACAGAUGAGAGACCGUAACAGCCAACCAGUGGUUAAAAAAAUCAAGCCAGGAAUCUCUGCAAUGGCAGACACUCCAGAACAUGCCAGCGAUUACCUUCGUCCUCUGCUGAGCUUUGCUGCUGCUCAUGUGCCUGUGAGGAAGCACAAGGAGACCCCCCUUUACAUCCUAUGCACAGCAGGCAUGAGGCUUCUCUCCGAGAGGAAGCAGUUGGCUAUCUUGGCUGAUCUAGUGAAAGAUUUACCUCUGGAGUUUGACUUCCUCUUUUCUCAGUCUCAGGCAGAAGUGAUCUCUGGGAAGCAGGAAGGGGUUUAUGCAUGGAUUGGAAUCAACUUUGUUCUGGGAAGAUUCGACCAUGAGGAUGAAUCAGAUGCCGAGGCUCCCCAGGAGUUGGCAACAGGACGCAGAAGGACAGUAGGGAUACUGGAUAUGGGAGGAGCCUCUCUCCAAAUUGCUUAUGAAGUUCCUACCUCAACUUCUGUCCUUUCUCCACAACAGGAAGAAGCUGCGAAGAUCUUGCUGGCCGAGUUCAACCUGGGCUGUGAUGUGCAACACACUGAACAUGUGUAUAGGGUUUACGUCACAACCUUUCUGGGAUUCGGGGGCAACUUUGCCCGGCAGCGCUAUGAAGACCUUGUGAUGAAUGAAACUCUUAACAAAAACAGGUUGCUGGGCCAGAAGACAGGUCUGAGUCCUGACAAUCCAUUUCUCGAUCCCUGCCUGCCUGUGGGACUCACAGAUGUGGUGGAAAGGAACAGCCAGGUCCUUCAUGUCCGAGGAAGAGGGGACUGGGUGGCUUGUGGGGCCAUGCUGAGCCCCCUGUUGGCUCGCUCCAGCACCAGCCAGGCCUCACCGAAUGGCAUCUACCAGUCACCCAUUGACUUCAACAACAGCGAGUUCUACGGUUUCUCCGAGUUCUUUUACUGUACAGAGGAUGUGUUACGCAUCGGUGGCCGCUACCACGGGCCAACGUUUGCCAAGGCUGCUCAGGAUUACUGUGGCAUGGCUUGGUCAGUACUCACUCAGAGAUUCAAGAAUGGCCUCUUUUCAUCACAUGCAGAUGAGCAUCGACUCAAAUAUCAGUGUUUUAAGUCAGCUUGGAUGUACCAAGUUCUUCAUGAAGGAUUCCACUUUCCCUAUGACUACCCAAAUCUGCAGACAGCCCAACUGGUCUAUGACCGAGAGGUUCAGUGGACACUGGGAGCCAUUUUGUAUAAAACACGCUUCUUACCACUCAGGGAGCUACGGCAGGAAGGUGCCCGACAAGCCCAUGGUAGCUGGUUCCGUCUCUCCUUUGUGUACAACCACUAUCUUUUCUUCGCCUGUAUCCUGGUGGUGCUACUGGCCAUCAUCCUGUACCUUCUGCGGCUACGCCGAAUUCACCACCGACAAAGUCGAGCCUCAACCCCAUUGGACUUACUGUGGAUCGAGGAGGUGGUGCCCAUGAUUGGGGUACAGGUUGGGCCAUGAGGCUGGACAGGUUCUAGGGGAACUCAAGUAUUCAGAAUUGCUGCCCAUUGAAUUCCACCACUUUCUGGUACUGGCCUCAGAUGCUGCUUUGCCUGACUUUGUGGAUAUUUGGCCUUGAAAUUUCUACUUUAAUACCUACUUUAAUUCAUUCUCAAUAUCCAGGUCCUCUUCUCUGAGAGAAGCUGUAAUUUAGUCUAUGAAGAACUAAAUGAGAGAUUGGUGCUAACAAAGGGAACCAACUUUAGUCCAAUUGAAGCAUGCUUCUACUCCUUUAUCUGAGUGAUUUGGUGUGCUCCUGGGAUCUAGACGUUUCUCCCCUUGCUUAAAGCUUGAAGUUUGGCAUUGGGCACACUGGAAGUCUGGUUGAAACCAAACUUGGAGCAUCUGAUUCAAAGCCGAAGACAUUCUAGCAAGUGCAGCAGCCCCUUCUUUCUCUGUAACAGAGAUAUCACUUAUGUGGAGAUCCACAGCCUUUAAUAGGGAUCCAAGAUCUUUGCAGUUCAGCGGAACAAAUACGAAUUUCCAGGCAACCAAAAUAACACAGCUUCUUUGCUUACUCGACAAAGAAGCCAUUGUGAGUGUGGUCCAAGAUCCCUGACAUACUGUUGCUGAUGUUAGUUCGUGAUUUUAAAAGGUUAGAACCCUUUCUAAAUGAAUGGUCCAUUGACGAUUUUAACAAUAUGUUAUCUGAUGCCUGGUAAGACCAGGAUAGAAAAUUUUUCCAUGUCUAUGUGCCUCACAGGCUGUUUGGGCAUUAAUUUUUCUUUUUGAACCUUAAGUGUGCUUGUAGGGUUGGAGAGACUGUGAUGGGAAUUGGAGGCCUAGAUUUUUCUGGUUUCAGGUCACUGUCCUCUAGGCCUAUUUUUAUGAGUCCUUAUGUGGGAAGAUUCAAAAAAAAAAGAGUUCCUUUAUCUCACUGCUAAGAUCAAUAUGCAUUUUGGGAAGGGAUGCAUUUGGAUUGUUUUUAAAGAAGGAAAGAACAGUAUCAGGAGAGUGGACAAAGGCAAUAAAUCCAAGCUCUUAUUUAUUAAUGUUUUUCUGAGAAACAGACGUUCUCUCAGUUUGACUCUUGGAAUAUUUGAAAAGAAGCAAAUCCCAAACUUUGGAAUAAACAGAUAAAUCUGUUAAUAAUCUACCUGGCAACUUUCAGAAUAUUUUUUAAGAGAUUUCUCAGUCAUAAACAGCAUUUCCAUUAAUGGGGAGAGAGGAAAAGCCAUAGUAAUUACAUUUUUAUCUCCUACCCUUCAGGAGCUUUGCUUUUUCUCUGCAUUUAGCCUUCAAAUUGCACAAGGAUUUCUUUUUCAUCCCCGUGGAACCUUCUUUAUACGUUAAUAACCAUUCCUCUAUGUAGCCUUAAAUGUCCUGCCCAAGAAUAUGCUCCCAGAGUUAAAACAGUUUUCUUUUUUGUCAGCUUUGAGUUCUAGGAUUACAUGAGUAGGGGAAAGGUCCUUGACUUUAAAGGGAAAAGAAAGUGGAAUUCUUAAAAAAUAAAUUCCAUACUGGGAGCAGAAAGGAAUUAAGUGCUUCAUAAAACCAAGAAAAAUAAAUCCAAAUCCUCCUAGAACUAUACUGGGUUGAAAAUAAGUAUACUGACUCUUGGUUGGUAGGUGAAAAGAUCAUGAGUCUUGAAUUGUUUUCAAAUUAGAUAAAAAUGGUUCCAGCAAAGAGUCUUACAGGUUCCUUUGGAAGUACUUUUUACUUUUCAUUAGGGCUUAUGUCACAGCUUCCUUUAAUUUUUAAGAUUUCUAAAUUGCCUUGGUUUUCUUUGACUUCUUAUCUUUGUACUGUGAGUGACCCCUUGCCUUAUGAAUGCUGCUUAUAAAUAAUGUCAUAGUAUGUUUUGCUAGCCAUUGCCUACUCAGGUAACUCUUUUCCCCUCACCUUGGUUUCCAAAUACUAUUUUUGGUUUUCUUGUGUGAUCUAGUCAAAGAUCUCAAAAACUGCCUAGUUGGCUAACAGUGAUCACAUCUGUAUGCUCAGAAUGAAACUGAAGCAUGGAGGAGGUGGUGAUUAGUCCAAUCUAAUGAGCUCAAAAGUUAUUCUUCAUCCUGGCUAUGAUAAUAGCUACCAUUUGCAAAGCACUUAUUGUGUACCAGACACAUCUUUAAGAAUUUUAUGUAUAUUAUUUGCUCAGCAUGAUAACCUUUCAGAUUAUUGUGUUCUUUUUAUAGUUGAGAAACUCAGGAUAUCUGUUUAUCAUUUUUUCCAUAUAAAUGUAUUUCUUAAUUUAUUUUAAUUAGUCUUUGAUUUUUUUUUUUUUUUUUGCGGUACGCGGGCCUCUCACUGUUGUGGCCUCUCCCAUUGCGGAGCACAGGCUCCAGACGUGCAGGCUCAGCGGCCAUGGCUCACGGGCCCAGCGGCUCUGCGGCAUGUGGGAUCUUCCCGGACCGGGGCACGAACCCGUGUCCCCUGCAUCGGCAGGCGGACUCUCAACCACUGCGCCACCAGGGAAGCCCUGAAUUUUUUUAGUGUUAUAUCCUUUUAUUAUUUUAAUAUUAUAGGAUCUAGGCUUGUCUACUGCAGUGAGUAAGGCAUCUUAGAGUUCCAUGGUAUAAAAAUAAGAAGGACGAAUUUUUGUCAUACCCCUCAGAAAAACUGAGUAUUUGCUCCUGGUUCUGGUUCCUGAGCUUCGUCCAUUGCUCCCAAUUAAAAAUUUUAAAUCAAAUCUCAUUAGCUAGAAACAGAAGCCAUUUAUCCCUUGCUGAGUGCCAGUUAUAUAUAUUACUUUCUCAAAAUGAAAUAUUCUUACUUAUAGAAUCAGACAGUCUAUCUUCCCUUUAACCCUGUUUUUGCCCUCAGUUUUAAAAGAUUUUUAAAGACUUCUAUUUGCAUUUCUGCAUUUUGAGCGGUUCUCAUGUGAAAAUAAUUAUGAUUUCAUAAAAUUCACAUUCCACUGGCUCCUUUGAAUCUUACCAAGCAGUCUUCCUUAUAACAGCAGCAGUGAACCUGAACUGUUUCAGUGCUUUAAUUACUGAGAUAGGUCACAAAUGUCAAAGUCGAGCCAGUGGCUUACAGGAGUGAGGCUUUAUUAUUUUUUAUGUUGGCACAUCCCAUCACUUUUCUCUGAAUUCUUAUCAUGAGAACAUAAUAAAAAUAUGUAUAAUACCCAAUUAUUUGGCAUUACAUUCACUUAAGUUGCAGUUAAUUCUAAGCCAAAUUAUACCAUCUUUCUCUCUGUACCUUAGCUCCUUGAAUUGAUUUUCCUUGGUCUAGGAAAUUUUAGGCACUUUCCCCCAACCUUGUAUUUAUUCUUCUAAUGUUAUCCAAAGUAUUCUGCCUCUGCCUCCUCAACCUAAGAGCUUUCUUUAACUUCAGAGGCCUUAGGCAGUGAUUAUUAAAAUGUGGUUGAGUCUGCCAUACACUUGCUAAGCUAGUCAGUUUAGGCAUUAACACUUAUUAUCACCUCCAUAUUUAUAUUUUUGAGAUACAAUAACUUCUCACUGGUAUUAUCUAGCUGCCCCCCUCACCCCUAUUCUCAUAGUUUUGUGUUCUGCUUUUUGUCAGGGGUGAAAGACAAGUGGGUGGUGUGAUUUAGGGCAAAGAACAGCAGGCUUGGAAACAGCAGAUUUGGAUUUUAGCCCUGGCUUUGUCAUUAAGUAGCUCUGGUACCCCAGGCAAGUCACCUGCCCUCUGUGGUUCAUUUCUCAUCUAUAAAACAAGAUGGCUGGACAAGAUGAUCUGAGGCCAGUUCCAAAGGGAGAAAAACUGGCCUAAAGAACUAAAGGCAGAGAAGGUAGAGAAGUGAUAUAGUAGUUUCAGGAAGAGGAUUGUGGCCUUUGGUUUAGAAGAUCAGGCUGCCCAAAAGAACCAGUGGUCAUUUCCUACUUUAUCCAUAGUCCCUGACAUUAAGGUUGGUGGGAAUGGACUUUCCAAAAGCAAUCAUCAUACAUCAAUUUCAGAAAAUGAGAUUUUUUUUUUAUGCUACUGACAAUUAUUUAUUGAAAUCAGUGCUUAAGAAACUCUACCUGUGAACACUUUGAAAUCCCAGUUCAAAUCACAUUAAAAUAUUCCAUGAUUCAUACUUUCAACGAAUUCAGAUUGGUCUGUCCCAGUUUAUCCCAACUGGUGAAGUUUUACAAAAUAAACAUCUUUAGCUUCCUAGAGUUACAUUUUUACUUGUUUGACUUAUUUGCUGAUUUUUGUAAUGUGCUUUUAUGAUAAAAAAUUCUAUGAAAGUGCUAGGACUAUUGGUUAGACAUUACUUUUUUUUGAAUUUUAUUUUAUUUAUUUAUAGAGCAGGUUCUUAUUAGUUAUCCAUUUUAUACAUAUUAGUGUAUACAUGUCAAUCCCAAUCUCCCAAUUCAUCCCCCCCCACCAAAUUUCCCCCCUUGGUGUCCAUACGUUUGUUCUCUGCAUCUGUGUCUCAAUUUCUGCCCUGCAAACCAGUUCAUCUGUACCAUUUUUCUAGUUUCCACAUAUAUGCGUUAAUAUACCAUAUUUGUUAUUCUCUUUCUAACUUACUUCAUUAUGUAU